AUGACGACAGCACACAGGCCUACCUUUGAUCCUGCAAAAGGCAAAGAGGCCCUCCGCGGCCCAGCCUAUCACCAGCGCCUGCUCCCCGCCCACACACAACUCAAAUACCGCAAACGAGGCCAAGGCGGUGCCGCAGAUGCCGAUGGCACCGUCGACCUGCGCGCUGAGCUGCUCGCGGCCGAGGCGGCGCACGCCGCCAAGUCCGGCAAGACCAGCGCCGCCGCCAGUAUCGCGGCGCCGCCAUCACGACGCAGCCCGGCACCGGACUCGGACGACGAAGGUGCAGCACGGCAAAAGCGACCGCUGGAGAUAACGGCUAACGGGGAGGAGGAUCCCGAGGCGAAGCGGAGGCGGAUCCUAGCAGAGACCAGGGAGUUAGAUGCGGAUGAUUCGGGUGGCAGCUCCGAGGAGGAGGAUGACGACGACGACGAUAGUGAUGGUGACAGCGACGAUUCGGACGAUGAGGAUGCGGAGCUCGCGCGAGAGUUGGAGAAAAUACGGCGGGAGAGGGCGGAGAAGCGCGAGCGGGAGGAGAGGGAGAAGGCGGCGGCUGCCGAGGAGGAGCGAGAGAGGGAUAUCGCGCUGGGAAACCCGCUGCUCAACAAGCCGGACUUUAACAUUAAGCGCAGAUGGGACGACGACGUGGUUUUCAAAAACCAGGCGCGUGGGACAGAAGAUAAGGGCAAGAGGAAGGAGUUUAUCAACGACCUUCUCCGCUCCGACUUUCAUAAACGUUUCAUGGGCAAGUAUGUGCGAUAA